GCGCGCGCGCGGGCCGGGGCGUCUGAGGAGCGCGCGGCGGCCGCGGACAGAUAAAAGGUCCUAUUGGCCGUGUGGAGAAUGGACUGGGAAAGAGAAGGGAGUGAAGACCACAUAGGAAGCUGCUGCAGAAACCCAGGAAAUGACAGAGAGUACCAGCAUGGAGAAGAGAGCCGAGGGGAACAGGAAAGGCCUGAACCGCAGAGAAGUGCCCCCAGCUGUUGGGCUGCUGCUCGUCCUGGCGUUCAUGAACCUGCUGCUUUAUUUCUGCCUGGAUCGGUUUUUUGUUUCUCCUCGACGUUCGGCAUUGGACCCCAGCCACUGUCCCUAUGGGUACUUCAGAGUGGGACAGAUGAAGAACUGCUCCCCGUGGCUGUCUUGUGAGGAGCUGAGGACGGAAGUGAGGCAGUUGAAGCGUGUUGGGGAAGGAGCUGUGAAGAGAGUCUUUCUCUCCGAGUGGAAAGAGCACAAAGUUGCCCUCUCACGGCUCACCCGUCUAGAGAUGAAGGAGGAUUUCUUGCAUGGGCUGCAGAUGCUGAAAUCUCUGCAGAGCAGACACGUGGUUACACUGCUCGGGUUCUGCGAGGAAGACAACACUGUUCUCACCGAGUAUCACCCUCUUGGUUCCUUGGGCAACCUCGAGACAACACUUAACCUUUCCAAGUACCAGAAGGUGAACACGUGGCAGCACAGGCUGCAGCUGGCCAUGGAGUACGUCAGCAUCAUUGACUACCUGCACCGCAGCCCCCUGGGUACCCUGGUCAUGUGUGACUCCAGUGACUUGCCCAAGACGCUGUCCCAGUACCUGCUGACAAGCAACUUCAGCAUUGUAGCCAAUGACCUGGAUGCCCUGCCCCUAGUGAACCGCAGCACCAGGACAUUUGUCAAGUGUGGCCACCGGGAGCUUCACGGGGAUUUUGUGGCCCCAGAACAGCUGUGGCCCUAUGGGGAGGACAGGCCUUUCCAGGAUGACCUCAUGCCUGCGUACGAUGAGAAGGUCGACAUUUGGAAGAUUCCGGAUGUCUCCAGUUUUCUUCUGGGGCAUGUUGAAGGGAGUGAUAUGGUGCGAUUUCAUCUGUUUGACAUCCACAAGGCAUGUAAGAACUGGAUUCCUGAAGAACGGCCCACUGCUCAGGAUGUGCUAGACACCUACCAGAAGGUUCUGAGUUCACUCAGAGACACGGUGCUGGCGCAGACAAGAGAAAUGCUGUGAAACUGUGCAACCAUUGACUGGCGGAGGGGUUGCAGCUGAAGGAAUUUGCUUGAGUUUCACAGUUCAUUAUUUCCUGCUGUUCGGCCAUGUGUUUCUCAUUCCACGUUCACAUACACAUUUGAGUGUGUUCUACCUUUCCUGGCAGCCUGGGUGAAAGUUGCUGACAAGAGGCAACUGAGCCUGGGUUUUAACCUGGCUCACGUUCCUAAGGCCAGCUGCUUC